CGACCGUAAAACCUCAAUAUAGGAUUUUGAUCAAAUAUAUAAACAUACUGAUCCAUAGCAUAGAACUUACUGAAUAAACAAGUUUAAAGUAACGUUUAUUAAACCGAUUUUUAAGACAUUGGAAAAAAAUCUAAAAAGCAAGACAUUAGCAGGACCUAAAGCAAUUAGGGGCUACAGUGAUAUCACAUAUAUGACGUAAUGUCCGGUAACACCACAUUUGUCGUGGUUGCGAUAGAUUUUGGUACCACAUUCAGUGGGUAUGCAUUCUCCUUCAAAUCAAAACCUACUGACAUUAAAACUAACCAAAACUGGUCCAAAAGCCUUGUUUCUCUGAAAACGCCGACUGUACUGCUUGUUGACCCUGACCGGAAGUUCAGUGCAUUUGGAUAUGAGGCUGAAGAAAAGUAUACGGAACUGUUGGAAGAUGGCGAAUCUGAAGGAUGGGCUCUCUUCCGCCGAUUUAAGAUGAAGCUUUACAACAACCCGGAUUUAUCAAAGGGAUUGGAAAUCACAGACUUGUCAGGAAAUGUAAAGAUUCCAGCUAUAACAGCGUUCUCAAUGUCUAUACGUUACCUGAAAGAGCACGUGAUGGCCACGCUCAACGAGAGAAGAAGCGGGAAAAUGGUCAUAGAAGAAACUGACAUCCAUUUUGUGCUGACCGUUCCCGCUAUCUGGGACGACAGAGCUAGGCUUUUUAUGCGGGAAGCCGCUGCAGACGCGGGUAUACCAAACGAUCGAUUUAGCCUCGCUUUGGAGUCGGAAGCAGCCUCGGUUUGGUGCCAGAAUGUACGUUAUCUGGUUUCCUCAGACGGAAAUGAGUAUGAUCUUACAACUGUUGGUUCAAAAUAUAUGGUUGUUGAUAUUGGAGGCGGAACAGUUGAUAUUACUUUACACCAAAAGAUGGCCAAUGGUAAACUCAGGGAACUUCAUAAAGCAAAUGGAGGUAAUUGGGGUGGAACACAAGUAGACAAGGCGUUCAUAAAUACACUUCGAGAUGUACUUGGUGCAGAAACAUUGAAACGUUUCCAAGAGGAGUGUUUGAAUGACGUUUUUGAUCUUCUAAAAGAGUUCGAAACUACAAAGAGAGCGAUACAACCUGAUUGCAACAAACCAAUUAAAAUAAGAUUACCAUUGUCACUCCAAAUGAUCAAACUUGAGGAGAACCAAGAACUAAUUAGAGGCUCUCAGCUACGGAAAGAGUUCGUCAAAACGCUGAUGUCCAAAAACUUUGGAGAUAUGAUAACUAUUAAAGACAAUAGAAUGCGAAUAGAUCCCGCUAUUGCCAUAGGAAUGUUUCAAAAUCCAGUAAGUCAUAUUUGUGAACACAUGCGCGAGCUUCUGUGUGAUCCAGAUGUAGGGGAUAUCGGCACGAUCUUAGUCGUCGGAGGAUUUUCAGAGUGUGCGAUUGUUCAAGAUGCCAUAAAGAAUGAAUUCAGAAUGAAAAAGGUUAUUUUCCCACCAGAGCCCGGAUUAGCUGUUCUCAAAGGAGCCGUGUUGUUUGGACAAAAUCCUGGUAUAAUUGCGAGUAGAAAGGCUAAGUUCACUUACGGCAUGCGAGCGUCUGGCGAAUUUGAUGCAUCGCAACAUCCGGGCAAGUUGAAGAAAAUUAUAAAUGGUGUACCUAUGUGCACAGACAUUUUCAAAGUGCUCGUCAGACAGGGAACUGAAGUGGAAACUGGCCACAGAAUAACUGAAGUUAGAUACCCUUCAUCUGACGAUGAAAGGACUGCCUGUAUAGAAUUAUUUCUGUCAACAAGCCGCAAUCCGGUUGUUGUAACUGAUCCCACGUGUUCAAAGAUCGGAAUGAUGCAUGUUAAACUUCCGAAAGGAAAAACUACACAAGACAGAGGGUAUGAAAUCUCAUACAUCUUCGGAGAAAUUGAAAUAAUGCUUAAAGUAAAACAUUUGAACAAUAAUGAAUCCUUUACUCAGUACUUUGGGUUCAUGUAAUGAGGAUAUACAUGAAUGUAUAUAUGAUUUGUCUGUUUCUUAAAAGACAGUCGUUCAAAGUUGAAUGCAUGUAUGGAAUGUUUUCAUACUUCUGGAUAUUUUCAAAACUUCCGCUUCCAUAGAAGCGGACACAUUGUUUUUGGGCUUUUUUAUCCAACUUUAGGAAAAAUGUUUCAAGAGUUUAAAAAAAAUGAAUAAAUAUUCACUACUA